AUGGCUCUGAAGCGCAUCAACAAGGAACUCACUGACCUUGGUCGUGACCCUCCCUCAUCCUGCUCUGCUGGCCCUAUCGGAGAUGAUCUGUUCCACUGGCAAGCGACAAUCAUGGGUCCCGGCGACUCUCCAUACUCCGGUGGCGUCUUCUUCCUAGCCAUCCACUUCCCCACAGACUAUCCUUUCAAGCCGCCAAAGGUCAACUUCACGACGCGGAUCUACCACCCGAACAUCAACUCAAACGGCAGCAUCUGCUUAGACAUUCUGCGAGACCAGUGGAGCCCUGCGUUGACCAUAUCGAAAGUACUACUCUCAAUCUGCUCAAUGCUCACAGACCCGAACCCGGAUGACCCGCUGGUGCCAGAAAUCGCGCACGUCUACAAGACCGAUCGUGCCCGCUACGAAGCCACGGCCAGAGAGUGGACUAGGAAGUACGCCAUCUAG